AUGUAUAGAGCAUGUGUUUUGGAAACUGUAAAUGACGCCGCUCAGGAGGAACACUCGGAGGAUGAGGUGGAAGGUGUCCCCGACAGUGAAGACGAACACAUGACAGGCGGAAAAAUGCAUGGGUUGCCUGAAUAUCUUAAAAAACAGGGUGUCUGGAGAGUGUCGAGGGUUUCCGAAGCAGAAAGCCUUGCUUCGUAUGCUUCAGUAAUCUCAAUUCCAGAAAAGAAACAGAAGCACGCGGUCCUCAAGGCACUUAAAAUGAACCGACCCGAAUGGUACUUCCUACUUUUCGGAUUCCUAAUGACGAUGCUCGGCGGACUCACCCUUCCAUCCUUCGCUCUCCUCUACUCGGAAAUGUUCCAGGUGCCAAAAUGUCUUUCGCCAAAUAUUUGA